AUGGACACCACCACCGCACAGCAAGAGGAUCAGCCUGCCAAACAACCGAGGCGUGUCUUACAGAAAGGUUUUACUGCUGCGUAUCCAACACAGUCUUCCAUUCCUUCUAAAGUCCAAUUUGCAGUACCUCCUGACACAGAGAAGAAAGGAUUUAAUGUGAAGGCAAAGAGAUUUUAUCACAAAAAGGAUGACAGCCCGGGUCCUGGGUUCUACAAUGUCAUCCACCAGUCUCCUGUCUCCAACAGCGUCUCGCUGUCCAAGAAAGGCACAUGCGCUUUUCCUUCCAUGUGUGCCAGGCUGAAGACCAUUAUUUCUAAGUAUCCUGCAGCAAAUGCGUACACCCUCCCGUCAGAGUUUGUAUCGAAGAAAGACUUCAGCACUUCUUGCUCUAGCAUGUUCCAACUGCCAAGCUUCAUGAAAGCGCUCAAAUUUGAAACUCCUGCACCAAACUACUAUAAUGCCUCCAUCGCCUGCUGCAGGCAGAAAAACAAUGUCUCUGCCCGGGCGGGGUUUAUGUCAAAAACACCAAGAGAAUUUUUCCACAUUGCUAGACGGGCACCGGCCCCAGGGCAUUACAAUGUCAACGAGUCCCUUGUGAAGGAGUCGCCCAAGACUUUAAUGUCUUGUUUCAAAUCGAAAACUGAUCGUGGAGUCAAGCUGCACGCCUCAGGCCCGGGGCCUGGCUAUUACAACCCGAAUGAGCACACCAAAGUUCUGAAAAAAGCCCAGAUUCCGCGGAAUCCCAUCCUGAACUUCUCAGCUCAGCCUCUGCCUCUGCCCCCGAAGCCGCCUCUCCCAGGCCCUGGUCAGUACGAUAUCGUGGACUAUGAAGGCCCUGCCAAGCAGUAUAUCUCCAGUGCAUCAUUCGUGUCCAACACCAGCCGGUGGACAGAGAUUCGGUCCCAGUCAGGCAUGCCUGGCCCAGCCACGUACAAGCCGCAGCUCCCAGGGAAGCAGUCUUUCCUCUAUAACGAGGACAACAAAUGGAUUCCAGCUGUGUAGCGUGG